AUGAUAAUUAAAAUUUUAUAUAGUGAAUAACUUGGAAUAGGUUAUUGUAUUAAAGAUGAUUCAAUAAACAUUUUGAUUAAAAGACACUGUGGUAUAAAAAUAAAGGGUCAUUAUUUUAUAAGUUUAUUUGAAAUCUAUUAUCUCUUAAAUUAUAAGGAAUGUAUAGUAUGUCAAUAUAAUGAAGAAUUAAAAGAGUAGUAUGAUUUUGAUAAGUAUCUUUGGAUAAAUGAUCCUGUAGAUUUUUUAAAUAUAUUAAAACCAGAUGUUAAUAGAUUAUGUUCAUAUAUGCAAAUAAGAAAUAUGGAUCAUUAUUUAAGAUGUUAAUUAUCAAUAGAAUAAAUGGAGAAAAUAAAUUAAUAAAUCAAAAAUUUACCAAGAAAGAAAAUAAUUGAAGAUGAAUAAUAUUAAAAUAGAAAUUGUGAAUUUUUACUUUAUAAAGUUAUAAGUGAUUAUAAAAAUAAUGUGAGAGGAUUGAAAUUAUCAUUAGUUUUAUUUAAAGAUUAAAUAGAUGAAGAAAUAGUUAAAAAUGCAGAUAUAAUUGGUUUAAUGGAAAAUGGAGAAGUGA